CUCGGCCCUACAAUACGCAGGUACUAUGAUGAAUAAAUAAAGAUCUUCACAUCCUGCGUUCACUUGUUCGCUACUCCAGAUCCACAGUCGCGCGUCACCACUUCAAAUUUCACUUCCCAACACCCAGAAAUACCUCAACAUGCAGCUUCAGUACCUCCUCCCCGCCACGCUCUUCGCCGCCUCAACUCUAGCCGCAAAGUUCAACGGCUUCUCCGACACAGCCUGCCAGAAAUACGACGGCACCUACGUCGCCGUCACAGCAGCCCAACUCCAAGACAUCGUCGUCCAGGAAUGGCCUACCGUGGCCGCAAUCCCCGAGGCAUCUCGCGGCCUAAGCUCGCCUGAAGACAAAAAGAAGUGCCCUUCUAACGAAGACGACACGUACAAAUGGAUCAGCGUUCCACAGUGGCAGCAGGGAAGUCAGUGGCCCGCUGGUAAUGGCGGUGCGGUUGCUGUGGUUUACUACAAGGACACGGAUACGUAUAGUCUCUGCCGUUACCUCGCUGCUGCUCAAGCGGAUGGGUAUAAGGGUGCUUGCAGAUAGGUAGAUGAUGUAAAUAUCGCAGGAUUGUCAG